AUGUCGUCGGUCACAACCAGGACGAUGACAGCCUACCGCUUCGUCCCUUCCAAGCACAAUCCAGUUCCAGAGAUUAUCCCCGUUCCCAUUCCCACCGAGGGCCAAGUACUUGUCAGAGUGCUUGCCGCCGGUGUAUGUCACUCCGAUGUUGGCAUAUUGAUCCCUGGAGGUGCUCUCAGCCAUUUCGUUCCACCUACUAUCUUUACGCUAGGCCACGAGGGUGCUGGCAUCAUCGCCGAGCUGGGUCCGUCGGUGGCCUCCACCUUUCCCCAGCUGAAGAUUGGGGAUUACGUUGCCAUCUGGAGCGGAAACCCCUGUCAGAAGCCUACGUGCAUCGCAUGUUCUCGCGGCUACACUAACCUCUGCACUAUCGAGCACGGCAUACACGGUCUUCGGCACGAUGGCUCCUGGGCAGAAUACAUCGCGCUGCGUGCUUCCUCCGUCGUUCCGGUUCCUGGCACGCUGGAUGGCAUCGCGCCCGCCAUCAUAUCUGCUGCAACCGACGCGGUGCUCACGCCGUACCACGCCAUGAAGACCUCCUGCCGCGUGCAGGCCGAGCAUACUGUACUCUGCAUGGGUAUAGGAGGUCUCGGCCUCAACGGCGUCGACAUCGCCAAGAAGUGCCUCGGCGCACGAUGCGUUAUCGCUUGCGAUACUCGUUCUGUGGCACUCCAUGAUGCGCUAGCUGCCGGCGCGGACUAUGCUGUGCCUCCCGAGCAGCUUCUGAGUCUCAUCGAGGAGGAAAGGCUUGUCGUUGACUUCGCCUUCGACUUCGUCGGCAUUCAGGCCACCUUCGACGCAUGCUUCGCCGCCAUCAGACCUGGAGGCACUAUUCAUGUACUCGGGUUGCUUGCGGACACGCUCGCGUACACGGCCUUAACCGCCAUGCGGAAGGACCUCACCCUCAAGUCCAGUUUCUGGGGCACCCGGGACGAGCUCGCAGAGAUUCUGCAGGCCAUCUCGGACGGGUUGCUGAAGCCGAAGGUCGACUCUCGUCCGAUGAGCCAAUGUAUCCAGGUGCUUGAUGACAUGCGGGAAGGGAGGUUGCAGGCGAGGGUAGCUUUGGUUCCGGAUGCUAUUGCAGUGCGUAUUGCGUCGUACAAGCUCUGA